UCGUUUGUGAUUCAUUUGAAUCGGAUCGGCCGUCUUGCAAACAACAAACUUCAAAUUCUGUGUCCAUAUCGUGUUUCCCUCUGAAUAAAUACGAGAUUAUUUUGUGUCACAGAAAAAUGCCCCAUUCUGGCUCUCCGUCCCGAAAGAAACGCUCGCGAGACAACUCAAAAGAUCGCCGACACCAUCGAAGGUCUAAAUCACGAUCUGUGGGCAGUAGAUCGUCCAAGCAUAGCAAACAUUAUUAUAAAAAGCGCAGUCGAACACCAUCGUACCAUCGUUCUAAAUAUUCAUCGAGCAAGCAGACGGGCAGCAGAUCAACGUCGACGAGCUAUAGAUCAGUCACACCGGAGAGACAUCGGUCACAUAAACGAAGUUCCCGCGAACGACGAAGGAGACGUUCAUCGUCUUCAUCAGACUCGUCUAGCACAUCAUCCUAUUCGGAACAUUCGUCAUCAUCUGUUAGUGAAGUAAAAGUAACUAAAGAUAACAAAAAGAAGUCGUCUCGAAUUCCGACUCCACCACCUCCACCUAUAACACAGAACUUCACAUCAGUCGAUUUAUUGGACGAACCCGCCACGCAAGAAACGAUUGAUUUGAUCAACGAGGACGAGUUCGUACCCAAAACAUUUACAUCGUCGAAAAAUCUCACAGACAAAGUCGUUAUUGAUCUCAAUACCCAAACAAUUAUCGUUCCUACGCCGGAUACACCGGAUGAUGUGCAGAACACGCUGUUUCAUCCGAAUUUAUUCGGUGACGACGCAGCUAGGAUGGAGAAAUGGGUGAAAAAGCUAUUUAACUAUCGACAGAAAUUGUUUUUCGGCUCGAAUUAGACUCCGAUUCUUUGAUGUUUUUUAUAACGAUAUAUUGCGACGUGAGACCGGAAAGUUAGUCAGUUGUUUUGAACACCAGACAGUCGCUAAGGUCGUCUUUUAGGGACGCAUCGCAGACAUUUUUAUAAAAUAAAGACACACAAACAACCGG